AUGAUUCAACUAGUUCUCAAAGAAGAUUGGUGUCCCGUCUAUGUUGUUACAACAGAGGCAAAACCUAUCUACACCGAUAAAAUAGAUGGCCACUUCAUUUGGGAUGUUGAUCCAACAAGAUGUGACCCAGAUUGUGACUGUUGGAUGCACGAUGAUGAUAUUGACCGAGAUAUCAUUCUUCCUAAAACAAAGAAAAAGGGAAGGUGCAAACCCUCGCCACCUCCUCAAAGGAGAUUUGAUCCAGACAAUGGGCCAUGGGUAGGAAUCCAUGGAAAAAACAAACCCCUCUGUAUCUACGAGGAAGGACUAAAAAUCCUCAAGAGAGAAGGAUUGUUACCACCUGAUGAUCCGAAUCUUCUUACAUGGUCACCAACAGACCAUUGUAAACCGUUACAUCCCCCAGCUGUUGUUCAACCAAUUCCUUGCUUUAUGUAUUCAACCACGACUUCAGAGUAUGAACGACAAUUUCUAGCUUUGGAAAGAAAGAUGGAUACAGUCACAGGCAGAACAUCCAAACCCUUCAUUCAUCUGAGUGAAGUCCAGCCCGAUGGGAAGCUUAAACCUUUAACUCAGGCUGAGGAAGUUCUGAAUUGGAAAUAUGAUAAUAUGGUUUCUCAAAAUGAAAUUCUUCAAAACCUUGACAAAAAGGUAGAUAAGAUUGCUGAAAAAAUAGACGAGACAGAUGAAGAUCUCAAGGUUUUAUCCCAAAAAAUGCAGAAACAUUACAGAAGCUUGAAAGCCCAAUUAUCCCAGCUAGAUCGAUAUUUGCGGCAGAUGUUAGAAGAAAGAGCUUUUGGUAAAACAUUUGACCAAAAGGAAAGAGAAAUCAGAAGUCUACAAAGCCAAGUAAAAGAGAUAGGUGAUUUCUUAAGAGCCUCUCAUGAAAGAAAGCCCAAACCGGUUGAAAACUCUUUCUUGGAUCCUCCUACUUUUCCUACAUAUUUCAAACGAACAGAAAGGACUUCUCCUUUCUACCCUGCUUAUGAUUCAUCACAAUCAGACCAAGUUAAAUAUAUACCAACAGCCUACAUACCAAGAUCUUCCAGAACUACCACUACCUCAACCUCCAAAACAAAGGGGAAAGCUGCCUGCUUAAGCGCUUCAUCCUCAGACUCUCAAGAUAUCCCUGAAACACCCCCUUCAAAAAUCCAAAAGGAAGAAGAAAUUCCUAAUAAAAGCUUCCAAGCCAUGGCAAUCACUACAAAUCAUGAAUCUCCUCAGAAAGAUCACUAUGAAUCAUCAAAACAAGAGGGAGACGAGUCCUUCUCAGAUGAUGACAACAACUCUGAUCCAGAAUCAUCUUCAAAUGAGACACCAAGAUUUUUUUCAACUAAAUCAGGAUCUGAAGACAACUAUUUUCCAAGACUCUUCAUGACGAUUGUAAAAGAGGAAGAAUCCUUUUUUGAAGAAGAAUCCCCUAAGGAAACUCUUGUCCCUGAAAGGACUAAACCAAACGGAGGUCCUUGGUUCACUUUUGAUGAUAUACCACCUAGCCGUUGGAGAAAAAGACUGCUGGAAUUUGGAGCUUGGCUUGACACCCAAAUGAUGAAAACAAGUGCUGAUAGCUAUAAGAUCAUUGAAGAAUUUUGUUGUAGAAUGACGGGCACGAAGAAAUAA